GCCGGUUUCGGAGCCGGGUGGUAGUCUUGUUUCGAUCUUCGUUGGAGAUCAUGACGGCGGUGUCAGUUAUGUUAUCAGUAGUCGCGCUGCUUCUGUUCGGCCAAAGUCAUGGCCAACAGAAGGAAACUUUCAAACUUUGCGUUCCGCACCAGAUCAUGGAUGCCUGCCAGGAACUGAUGGCCAAACCGGAUGCGGCCAUCCAGGUGCAGUGCAUAGCCGGACGUGAUCGCAUGGAGUGUCUGGAGAAGGUCAACACCCGAGAAGCGGACUUUGUGGCCGUCGAUCCGGAAGAUAUGUACGUGGCCUAUCAUAUGGCCAAUCAGGACUUUAGCGUGUUCACCGAGUUCCGCACGCUGGAAGAACCGAAGGCCGAGUUCCGUUACGAGGGCAUCAUUCUGGUGAGAAAGAGUGACAACUUCCGCAGUUUGGCUGAUUUGAGGGGCAAGAAGUCCUGUCAUACGGGAUAUGGCCGGAACGUUGGGUAUAAGAUCCCCAUCACCAAACUGAAGGCAGCUGGACUGUUCAAGUUGGCCACCGAUCCGGAGUUGUCUCCGUUGGAGAAGGAACUGAAGGGGCUGUCCGAACUGUUCGGAAGUUCGUGCUUGGUUGGAAAAUACUCUCCCAACGAUGAAGUUAACCGAUUGCUGAAGAAACGCUACUCGAACUUGUGUUCGCUGUGUGAACGACCGGAAGUGUGUGACUAUCCGGACAAGUACUCCGGAUAUGAUGGCGCGAUUCGGUGUCUGGUGGAGAACAAUGGCGACGUGGCGUUCACUAAGGUCAUCUUCGUGAACAAGUACUUCGGUCUGCCGGUGGGAGGUGCUCCGGCUCAACCGGCCUUGAACCCAAAUGCGCGUACCGAAGACUUCGUCUAUCUGUGUGAGGAUGGCUCAACUCGUCCGAUCACUGGGCCGGCUUGCUCGUGGGCUCAACGACCUUGGCAAGGAUACAUGGGCAAUGGAGACAUCAACGCCCGAUUCCAGCGGCUGCAGCAGCGUCUCCAACAAUUCUACCAGGAUGCCAAGAACUCGGCCAACACCGAUAAAGCCCUCAAGAUGUGGGUCGAUCGUAAGAAUGUUCUGGUUGAUCGCGAAGUUCCAGUUCAACCGGGAGAUCAUUUGAACCGAGCCCAGUACAAGGACGUGAUCGAGCGCGAUGGUCCAUUCGAGAACAAGAUCAAGCUGUGCGUUACUUCCCUGAUCGAGUUGAACAAGUGCGAAGUCAUGCAGAAGGCUGCCUAUUCCCGGGAUGUUCGUCCUGCGUUCGAAUGCGUCAUGAAGGCCAAGGAUAGCUGCGUCGAAGCCGUACGCCGUGGAGAAGCUGAUGUCGUAGUGUUGAAGGGCGAAGAUCAACAGGCAUCUUCUACAACCAAUCUUAAGGCAAUUCUGUUCGAAAAGUACGAGGAUGGUGACGUGAUGGUUGCGGUCGCCGACAACGAUAUCAGCCGUGAUCAAGUGCUGAAGGCUCCACUGGAAUUCGACUCGACGGAUCCGCGUGCCUAUUCGGCGGCUCUCUUCUUCAACGACAAGCGCCAGCUCAAAUCCUGCCCGAACAAGCUGACCUCGACAGCUGGAGCCCCGAUCCAGAUCGUAUCCGCUCAGGAUCUGACCCGACUGGGAGCGAACAAGAAGCUGAUCUGCCCAAGCCUAGAACUCCAACCCAUCGGAAACUAUCAGACGUGCAAUGUUGACUACACCCUACCGACGGGAAUCUUCGUACGGAAGGACAUCACCGGUCAGUUGGAGGAUAACGUUGCCCAUGCAUUCGUGGCCCUAUCGGACAAGUUCGGACACGGAGCCAAGACCGAGGUGGUGUUCGAGAUGUUUGGCGAGUUCAAACCGGGAGCGAAGAACGUGCUGUUCCACGAUCGUGCCGCCAAGUUUGGCGUGGCGGGCAACAAGAUCGGCGAUGUGGACCCGAGUAACUACCAGCGAUUGAUGUGCUUGCAACGAUAAACAGUAGACGUACUAUUCAAACAUGUUUGAUCAUUAAUGUGCACUCGUUACUCUGAUAGAUCACAGGUGAUACUCCGCAGAUUAAAGCGUAAAAUGUCUAAUUCGAAGGUAAUAAUAGAACUUGUUAUUGCUUUAGGAUUAAGAAAAAAUGAAUCUUCAUAAAUAUAGGAAUAUUUAGCAACAA